AUGUCAACUAAAGAGAGGACGGAUAGACGCAGAGAUGCCAGAGUGUCUCACCGUUCUGUGAACAACAAGCAAGUCAAGAUGCCAGGAGAUGAUGAUGUUCCAGAGGGUCUUGAGGCGAUCAACCUCAAAAUGAAUGCAACGACUGAUGAUGAAAAAAAUGGGAAGCAACUAUCCGCCUUUGCUAGUUUGUACUUUGGGUGCCUUGGGCAUCUUUGGACGCCAUCUACUGCUGAGUCACCUGUGGUAACAACCUCCUCCACACCUCUUCUAACGACAAAAAAACGACGUGGACACAGAACAUCCGCUGUUCCCUCAGUCACAACCUCCUUUUCUACGACUCCAUCGUUGUCUACUGCCACAUUCUCUCUUCCGCCAACAUCUGCGACAACACUAUCUACAUCAAACUUACUCUCUCCGACAACAACUAGACGAAGUGGCUACAGAUCAUCUACUGUAUCUACACCUACUAUCACAACUCGAUUGUCGUUUAUAUCUACAUCCACUGUUUCAUCUACAGCUUUUACAGCCACAACUUUCAAUCCAUCUUCUCAAACAACAGCUAGACGACGUGGCCCGAGAAAAUCCACUGUUCCAUCUGCCGGCACAUCUCCCACCACCACGGCCACUGCGUCUACAUUUACUGUCCCUCUGUCAUCCACUGCAACGUCAAAAGUUACACCAACAGUCACGACACCUUCCCAAACAACUACAAUCAAACGAGGUGGACGCAGAACAUCUAAAAUGUCUUCUACUACCCCCUUCUCUUCUUCAACUUUGACUAAAACUACGAAAGUUAAACCUACUAAAACUCCUAGUUAUACAACUAAAAAACCACAAAGUAAACUCACUACUACUACUUCCAUAAUUCAUAGCCCCACUAACCCGCCCACAAGAUCAGGACAUGUUACAACAGGUCACCCCACAACGACAAAGAAAACGAAAACAUCCUCUUCGGGUUUCAAAUCCCCUACAACUCCGAAGCCUCCAAAACUUCCAAAGAUGCCCAAGGCACCCAAAGUACAAACUAGCAAAGGCGGAUAG